AUGAACUGGAAGCAGUCUCUUCCAAGGUCUGACCCCUGUUACGUGCCCCUUCAGGGUCCAUUUCCGGAUGAGAUAAGGUAUCAUGUUGCUCAGCCUUUGUUCAUGCGGGUUCGUGAGCCUGCCAAUCAGAGUAAGCUUGUGCUUGUUGACGAGGCUGGUGGUGUCAAGAUGUGGAGCUUUGACCCUCAGUCGAGGUGUGCGUAUCUGGCUAACGUUGUUACAGAGGGUUUAACUUUUCGAUGUUUUCCGUUGCAGGGGAGACUUGUGCAGCUUGCUUCCGAUUCCGAGAAGCGAACAAGAGUGGAAGACAGUGACCCAGAAAGGAAGCUCCACAACUUUUUAGUGCUCUUCGUCAACUCCAUAUGUGGAGGAGCUUCACUUCUUGAGGAAACGGUUAUGGAGAGUCUCGGAGGUGUAGGGUUCAGUAACACAAGCAGUGCAACAAGGAAGAAGAGAAGCACCACGUUGCGCCGGCCUUGGAACGAACGACAGUUACACGAUGCUUCGUCUUUGCCAUCCACACCAAUCCCUGACAAUAUAGAAGAUAGGGAAGCGGUGGAGUCAGACGAAGGCUCAACGAAUGGUUCGUUCCAAGGGAGUAACCAAGUGAGGCAAAGUGGAGGCCACAGCACUGCAUCCACCGAAACGUUUCUUGUUCCUACCAAGAGGAAAGACUGCUUUGAUGAGAAUACUACUGUCAAGAAAGUUAAACUCAAAAUCGGUGGUUUGUCAAAAGUUGUCAAUGCAGUAUCAUCUGCUGCAUCUGAUGGUGCUUCUGAUAUGGGUUUGUGUUCUACAAAGUCUUCGCACGCAUCAUUGGAGACGUCAAGCAAAGCGGAUUCGUGUAAUGAUAGCAAAACAAAUACUUACCCUGUUCGUAAGAGCAACCGGAUUUCUAAGAGACGUGUUCUUGAUGAGGAUCUUGAUGAUGAUGAGGACGAAGAAAUCCAGUUUCUCAAAAGGGUUAAAAUGGCUAAAGCUGUUGCUGUGGAAGAAAUUGUUGAUGUUGAUGACGAAGAUGGAGAAAUGAGUAGGAAACAUAAAAAGCUUUCCAAGGUAAUGAAACAGAACGUAGAAUAUCCUCGCGGUGGUGUUGGAACAUCGGAGAAGUCAGGCAAGAAGUCAGGAAAAGCUUUUGAAGAUGCUGAUUUUGUCAAAGAUGAAGAAGAAGAUGAGGAAGAAGAAGAAGAAGGUCUGAGUGAGGCAGAGGUUGAGAUAGAUAAUAAGAGCGCAAGAACAAGAAGAAGAGCAGCUGAAGAAGGUCUGAGUGAUCUUAAAACAGAGAUGACUGUGACUACUCGUCGACGUUCUGGACAUGGAGGAAACCAAAUCGAGUUUCCUUGUGGCUUACCUCCUGCUCCACCUAGAAAGAGAAAAGAAAACGGAUUAGAGGUUGAUCAGCAACUAAAGAAAGCUGAGGCUGCUCAGAGACGUAAAAUGCAAGUGGAAAAAGCAGCUAGAGAGUCAGAGGCUGAGGCAAUCAGGAAGAUUCUUGGUCAAGACUCGAGCAGGAAAAAGAAAGAAGAUAAGAUCAAGAAACGCCAAGAAGAGAAGGCUAAGGAGAAGGUGGCUGACUCGAUUGCGCGUAGAUCAGACACAGUAAAGUGGGUGAUGGGUCCUUCAGGAACGGUUGUGACCUUCCCUGAAGAACUUGGAUUACCAACUAUAUUCAACUCUACACCUCAAAGCUAUCCUCCACCGAGGGAGAGAUGUGCAGGUCCAGAAUGUACAAACACAUACAAAUAUAGAGAUUCAGAAUCAAAUCUUCCAUUGUGCAGCCUCAGGUGUUACAAGGCGACCAAAGGCUAA